GACCCACCGACUUGCUCUUGCACUUCCGCUUCGGCGCCUCUCGGGGUCCGCCCAUGGCCGGCGGCGGCGAGAAGACACCGGCGAAUUCCGCCCAGCCGUGGAAGGCACGUUCCGCUCAUGGAUCGGUCUACGGAAGGUCUUCAGAGCGUCAAAAGCAGGGAGCAUGUACAUUCUCACCUUCAGUUAGCAGCAGCAAAGAUUCACCGCAACAUUUGGUUACACCAGUUCAACCACUGAAAUCUGCUGACUCCAGAAGCAGUCCGUGUGGUUCAGGAUCUGUGGGAUCUGAUUCAGGAGCUGCCCCAUUUGACAUAUGCAUGAGUGCUAACAAAUGCCCCGUCAUCAAGUUAAAUCCUCCUUUAUUCGAGGUCAACAGAGGCAAAAGGCGAGACAGGGAACUUUCCAAGGAUGUAGCUCCAUUCCAACACUUGAGACCUGGGAUGGUUCUGUUGAAAAGAUUCAUAAAGCCUAAUGAUCAGGUUAAAAUUGUCAAAGUUUGCCAGCAGCUUGGUGUUGGUUCAGGAGGAUUUUAUAGACCUGGCUACCGAGAUGGGGCUAAGUUAAGACUCUGGAUGAUGUGCUUAGGGAAGAACUGGGAUCCGGAUUCAUGCUCAUACAGCGAUACACGUCCAUUCGAUGGCGCUCAACCACCAACCAUACCAGAAGAAUUCAGGAAGUAUGUUCAAGAUGCCAUUCAAGCUUCCCAUGAACUCUUGAAACAACGCAUAGGAGCUGCCAAUGCCGUGAAAGAACUUCCUCUGAUGUCACCAGAUAUCUGCCUUGUUAACUUCUAUAACAGUAGUGGGAGGUUAGGUCUUCAUCAGGACAAAGAUGAAUCAAAGAGCAGCCUUGACAAGGGAUUGCCUGUCGUUUCUUUUUCUUUAGGGGAAACCACAGAAUUCUUGUAUGGUGAUGGUAGGGAUGAAGAGAAGGUUUCAAAGGUUGAUCUUGAAUCUGGUGACGUCCUAAUAUUUGGUGGUAAGUCAAGGCACAUAUUCCACGGAGUUUCCAACACGAAACCAAAGACGGCGCCAAAGUGGCUGACGGAUGAGACGAGUCUUCGACCUGGGCGUCUGAAUCUCACAUUCAGGCAGUACUAGACAGUUGGUUGGGCUACUUGCAGGAGGUCACUUAUCUUUUGUUGUGCGUAUUUCAGUAUGUUGUUAGCAAAAAAUUGCGACUAGAUUAUGUCUAGUAACUGAAGAUCACGACUUCACCGCCGCUUGAUUGAAUGUUUGUCGUCAUGGCCAAUCAUUGUCUUCAUCAUGCAUGUGAGUAUAUGGGAAGAGAGAGAAUUCAGAAUAAUCUAGGGACCAUGGGCAUGC